UUUAUCAGAUAGUAAUUUUGCUAAUUAAUUUUAAUGAUUUAAUUAAUUAAUUUCAAUUGGUAAUUAGGUAAAAAGAUUAUUGCGCACUAUAAAACGUCGUAAAAUUGGAAAUUUAAUCACAAAAUUCAGCAAUCGUUUGAAGACAAAAGUAAAUUUUCAAGAAGAAUAAAACUAAUCGAAGAAAAAUAUGAAAAGCAUUCAUAGUCGACAAGAAUAUCUCGUUAAAGUGAAUCCAGAUGAUGAGGUUGUGAUCUCAGGUGUUGCUGGAAGAUUUCCAAAGUCACACAAUGUAGCAGAACUUAACCACAACCUGCUUAAUAAAAUAGACAUGGUUCAACCCAGCAAAUCAAGAUUUAAAUAUCAAAAUGACGAUAUUCCGGGUUGUAAUGGAUUCACUUGCAAUCUUGACAAGUUUGAUGCCAACUUUUUCUCGCUUAAUAGUCGUUCGGCUAUGUUCACAGAUCCACAGCAAAGAAUACUUCAAGAACAUGCUUACGAAGCUAUUUUAGAUGCUGGAAUGUGUCCAAAACAAUUUCGUGGAAGUAGAACUGGUGUCUUCAUUGGAUGCUGUACGGUUGAGGCCGAUGAUUACUUACUUUACAAUGACAUUUCAAAAGAUGGCAUGGGAAUGCUUGGGUCUGCUCGUUCUUUGCUGGCCAAUAGAAUUUCAUUUUCGUUGGAUCUAAAAGGUCCAUCAUUGCUGGUUGAUACAGCUUGCAGUAGCUCCGGUUAUGCUUUAGACUUAGCUUAUAGUGCUAUUUGUAGUGGCAAAUGUGAAGCUGCUAUUGUUGGCGGAUGUAAUAUUAUUACUGGUGAGUCGUCAUCAGUUCAAUUUGCACGAUUAGGAGUGCUCGCCAUGGACGGAGUUUGUAAUCCAUUUGAUGACUCUGCACAUGGUUAUGUUCGUUCAGAGUCAGUCAAUACGAUAUUCUUACAAAAAAGAAAGGAUGCAAAACGAGUUUAUGCUACUGUGCUUCAUUCCAAAACAAAUGUCGAUGGAUUUAAGAACGAAGGCCUUUCAUUUCCUUCAGCAGCAUUACAAGCUAAGUUAUUUGAAGAUCUUUAUCAAGAAAUCGGAAUUCAUCCAAAAACUGUUGAUUACAUUGAAUGCCAUGGUACGGGAACGCGAAUUGGAGAUCCAGAAGAAUGCAUGUCGAUUGACAAAGUGUUUUGUGCUGAUCGUAAGGAACCACUGUUAAUUGGAUCAAUGAAAUCAAAUAUGGGCCAUGCAGAAGCUGCUGCAUUUAGCUCUUCAGUUAUUAAAUCUAUUUUGAUUUUUGAAAAUGGAAAAAUUCAUCCAAUGCUUAAUUUAAAAAAAGUUCGACAAGACAUUCCAUCACUAGUUGCUGGACGAAUCAAGCCAGUUACAGAAUUACAAGAUUUUAAAGGAAGCUUGAUUGGUGUCAAUAGCUUUGGUUUUGGUGGUGCAAAUUCUCACAUUUUAUUGCAAAAGCAUUCAAAAGAUAAAGUUAAUAACGGAAUUCCAACAGAUGACAUUCCAAGACUAUUAUUUUGGUCAGGCAGAACUGAAGAAGCAUUAAAUACAAUAUUUGAUAGUGUCACAAAGAAUCCACUUGAUGCUGAAUAUAUUGCACUUCUUCAAAACACUCAAGUUUCAACUCAAUCAUCUAAUACUUAUCGUGGAUAUGCAUUAUUUGAACAAGAACCUGAUUUGUCAAAUGCAACUUGCAUUGAACGUCAUAUUGACAACUUUGCUGAAGAAAAAAGACCAAUAGUUUGGAUGUUUAGUGGAAUGGGAUCUCAAUGGCCAGGCAUGGGCGCUGAUUUGAUGAAGAUUCCAAUUUUUGAGAACUCUAUCCGAAGAUGUCAUGAUAUCCUUGCCAAAAAAGGACUUGACUUAAUCAAAAUCAUUACAUCAGAUGAUCCAACAAUAUUUGACAAUAUCUUGCACUCAUUUGUUGGCAUAUCUGCAAUUCAAAUUGGUUUGACAAAUGUUUUAAAAGCAGUCGGACUGGAACCAGAUUAUAUCAUUGGACAUUCAUUUGGUGAACUUGGUUGUGCAUAUGCAGACAAUUGCUUUACGGAAGAGGAAAUAAUUUUGUCUUCAUACUGGCGCGGACUUGUAUCCAUUCAAACAAAAACUAUUUUCGGAUCAAUGGCUGCCGUUGGAAUUGGACAUAAAGAAAUAAAAUCAUUGCUUAUGGAUGGAAUUGAAAUUGCUUGUCACAAUAGUUCGGACUCGUGCACGAUUUCAGGACCAGCUGAGAUUGUUGCUAAAUUUAUCGAAGAGCUAAAGGAACAAAAUAUUUUUGCAAAGGAAGUUCAAUGUUCAAAUAUUGCGUACCAUAGCUCACACAUAGCUGAUUUAGGUACAAAGUUAAAAAAAUCAUUAAAGUUAACAAUUCCAAUGCCUAAAAAACGUUCAGAGAAAUGGAUUUCAACAAGCGUACCAAAAAGUGAGUGGAACUCAAUCGAAGGCAAAUAUUCAUCAGAUCAAUAUCAUACAAAUAAUUUGUUAAAUCCAGUACUGUUUGAAGAAGGUUGUGAGGAUCUUCCAAAGAAUGCUCUUACUAUUGAAAUUGCACCUCAUGGCUUGAUGCAAGCGAUUAUGAAACGAACUUUACCUGAUGGAAUGCAUUUCAGUCUGACUAAUCGUAAGAGUAAUGAAAGUUCAAUGCUUCUUUAUAGAACACUUGGAAAGCUUUUCGAAAAUGGCAUUGAUUUAGAUCUAAGCAAGUUAUAUCCACCAAUUGAAUUUCCAGUUUCUCGAGGAACUCCAAUGAUUGCACCGUCAAUAAAAUGGAAUCAUGAAGAAACAUAUCUGGUAUCAACAUAUGGUGGCAAAACCUUUAAUGAAAAAGUGUUUGACUUGUCAGAUCCAGAAUUUGAAUUCAUCUCAGGACAUGAGGUCAAUGGAAAUGUUAUAUUUCCAGCUACAGGAUAUUUAUAUUUAGCAUGGAAAACUCUUGCUUGUCAAUUAAGAGAAAAUUUUUCAACUUUUGAUGUUGAGUUUGAAGAUGUCAAAUUUAUUCGAGCAUAUCAGAUUCAUAGUGAUCAAGAUCAAAAAUUAACAGUGCUGUUGCAGCCUGAAACUGGUCAUUUUCAAGUUAGUGAAAAUAAUUUAACACUUGUCACUGGAAUUGUUCGUCCUUGUAAUAAUUCUGAAUUAACUGAAAUUGAAGCUUUGGAACCAAAUGAUGAUAUUGAGGAGCUUGAACCUGCUGAUUUCUAUAAGGAACUUCGUCUCCGAGGUUACCAUCACAAAAACUUAUUCAGAUCAGUUGUUUCAGCGAAAAUGGAUGGUUCAAGUGGAAAACUUAAAUGGCAAUCAAAUUGGGUAGCAUUCCUCGAUUGUAUACUUCAAGUCCGUGGUAUUUCAAUGGAUACAAGAUCACUAACACUUCCGAUUGGCAUUAAAAAAGUUAUCAUUAAAAUUAAUGAACAUCAGAAAUUAAUAUCAGAACUUGGUGAGAAUCCUGUCCUUGAAGUAAAAUACUGUCCAGAUUUGAAAAUCAUUCAAUGCGGUGGUGUAGAAAUUGGUGAUAUCAUGGGACAAACCGUUAGUCGACGAUCUCCAAAAGGAAUUCCAGUUCUAGAAAGUUAUCAAUUUGUUCCUCACUUUCCAACACCGUACUUUUCAAAAAUAGACAUUGGAAAAUUUUGUGUUCAGUUGGCAAUUGAAAAUCAUCUUACUGGUAAAGUUUCGUGCAUCGAAAUCGACAUGAACGAUGAUAAAGAGCCAUUGUGUGAAUAUUUUGGAAGAGCUUUGAAUGAUCUUCCUCUUGUUACAGCAGAAUUAAACUAUUUAACAUCGAAAGAGAUUGAAAUCUUCCAAACAACUGUGUCCAAUACAGAAUUGUCAGCAUUUAGUAAUCAGACAUUUGUAAUUAAGUCUAAUUGCUUAUUUGAUGCUGAUUUCUUGGAGACUGUCAAGAAAUACAUUAGUGAGAAUUCUUAUAUAAUUUCGAGGGAAUCAAAGGAUCGUGAAAUCUAUGACGAUUAUGAAGGAUCUCAAGAUUUUAAAAUAGUCGCUAUCAUUCCAACUGAAAUUGACAUUUUGGUGAUGAUGCAGUACAAAAAGGUCCCGCUUCCAUGUCCAACAUCGAUUAUCAAAAUUACAAAUACUGAUCGCAAUUAUUCGUGGCUUGAUAUUUUAAAGAAAACAUCGAAAACGGAACCAACAUUAGUUUAUGCUGAAAAAGAAAGUCAAUCAGGAAUUUUAGGACUUGUUAAUUGCAUCAGAAAGGAACCAAGUGGAAAUAGUUUACGUUGUAUUUUUAUCGAUGAUGAAUCAGCACCUCCAUUUAAUAUUGAUGAUCCAUUUUAUAAAGCACAGCUUAAUAAAGAUUUAGCUGUAAAUGUUUACCGAAACGGUAAAUGGGGAAGCUAUAAACACUUCCUUGUCAAUCCUAAUUAUGAAAUCUUGCCACAAAAGGAUCCCUGUUUUGCCAAUAGUUUGGUUAAAGGUGAUCUAUCUUCAAUUAAAUGGCUUCAAAGUCCAAUCUUCAAGGAUUCUGAUAACAUUGUCAAGGUUCAAUAUGCUUCAUUGAAUUUUAAAGAUGUCAUGUUGGCAACAGGAAAAUUAUCAAUAGACACCGUGAGUGAGAACAGAAUGGAUUUAAUGUGUGUGAUGGGCCUUGAAUAUGCUGGAAUAACAAAUGCAGGACGUCGUAUUAUGGGAAUGAAAAUGUCUGGUGCUAUGGCAACUCAUAUUUACCCAGAAAAAUUCUCAUGGGAAGUUCCUGAUCAUUGGACACUUGAAGAAGCUGUAACAGUUCCAUGUGUUUAUUGUACUGUUUAUGCUGCUUUCUUCAUUGUAACCAAAAUCAAGAAAGGAAAAUCAAUUUUAAUACAUGCCGGCUCAGGUGGUGUUGGAUUGGCAGCUAUUCGAGUAGCAUUUGCUUAUGGUUUAGAAGUAUUUACAACAGUUAGUACAGAAGAAAAGAAAAUCUAUCUUCUGCAAGAGUUUCCUGAUUUAAAACGAGAAAAUAUUGGAAAUUCUCGUAACACAUCAUUUGAAAGCAUGAUCAAGAAGCGAACUCGAGGAAAAGGAGUAGAUUAUGUGCUGAAUUCACUGUCUGAAGAAAAAUUGGCAGCAUCUAUUCGGUGUUUAGGUAGAGGUGGAAAGUUCUUAGAAAUUGGUAAAUUCGAUAUGGCUAAUGACAAUAAAUUAAGUCUUGGAGACUUCUUAAGAGAACUAACAUUCCACGCUAUUUUCCUUGAUGGCAUGUAUCAUGCAUCAGAUGAAGAAAAACUGCUCUUAAAAAAACUUAUGGAUGGUGACAUAGCAAGAGGAAUAAUCAAACCAUUGAAAACAAAUGUUUUUGAUGCCGAUAAAGUUGAAAAUGCAUUCCGGCUCCUAGCAAGUGGCAAGCACAUAGGAAAAGUUGUUCUAAAGAUUCGUGAAGAUGCACAUGAUAGUGUAACAUUACCGAUAUCAGUGCUACCUAGAGUUUAUUGCAAUCCAGAUCAUUCUUACAUUAUUUGUGGUGGUUUAGGAGGUUUUGGUUUGGAACUUGCUGACUGGUUGAUAUUGAGAGGCUGCAAAAAACUAAUUUUAAGUACAAGCCGAGGAAUAACGAAGCAAUAUCAAGUUUUUCGUAUUAAAAUUUGGGAAUCAUAUGACGUAAAAGUUCAGGUCAAUAAGUCAGACAUUACCACAAGAGAAGGAUGUGAACUUUUGAUGAAUGAUGCUCUCAAGCUUGGUACAAUCGGAGGAAUAUUUAAUUUAGCACUUCAAUUACGUGAUUGUAUUUUGGAAAAUCAGACAGUCACUUCAUUUGACGAAUGUAUGGCACCAAAGGCAUAUGCAACCAAAUUCUUAGAUGAUAUCUCGAGAAAAAUGUGUCCAUCCUUGCAGUAUUUUGUUAUAUUCUCAAGUGUUUCUUGUGGACGUGGAAAUGCAGGUCAAAGCAAUUAUGGUAUGGCUAAUUCUGUAAUGGAAAGAUUGAUAGAGGAACGACUUAAGCUUGGAUUACCAGCAAAAGCCAUUCAAUGGGGUGCAAUAGGUGAAGUUGGAGUUGUUGCCGACUUGCAAGAAAAUAAUAUUGAUAUGGAAAUUGGAGGAACAUUAUUUCAAAGAAUAUCUUCAUGUUUAGAAGUACUUGACACUUUAAUAACUGUGGAGAAUCCAAUUGUUGCAAGCAUGGUUGUUGCUGAGAAAAGAGUCAAAACAUCUGGAAAAUAUAGCAUCAUUGAGAUGCUCAUGAAAAUUAUGUCAAUAAAAGAUAUGAAAUCUGUCUCAAUGGAAACAAAACUUUCAGAACUUGGGAUGGAUUCAUUAAUGACAGUCGAAAUUUCACAAACUUUAGAACGAGAUUUUAACAUCAUAUUGACAUCAACGCAACUACGUUCGAUGACAGUUGCUCAAUUAAAAGCCCUUGAGAAUGCUGACGGUGAAGAGAUUCCAAAAACAGUUAAAACUAAUUUAGAGUUUUUUGUAAAGAAUUUGGGAGAUGAAAGUACAAGUCACUUUACAAUAAUGAAGCUUAAUGAUCAAAUAGAUGAUAACAAUACGAAAGCAUUAUUAUUCCCUGGAAUUGAAGGUGUUGGUGGGAAAAUGUACAAAGAUCUUGCAAUGGAAAUUAAACACCCAACUUAUUUGCUUCAAUGUAUGAAUAUUUGGAAUAUUAGUGACAUCAAUGAGAUGAGUGCAGCUUUAAUUGAGGAUGUUACAAAAUUGUACGCAAAUGACUCAACAUUCUUGUUUAUUGGAUAUUCUUAUGGAUCAAUGUUUGCAUUAAAACUAGCUAAAGUUUUAGAAAAUUUAGGAAAAACAGGAAAUGUAAUCAUUGUUGAUGGCUCUCCUAGAUUAGCCAAAAAAAUGAUCAAUGAGAUGGUUCCAGAAUCAGAAAAUAAAGAGCAAAUAAUCGAAGAACUAGUUAUUAGUCUAAGCUUAAAUCUAAGCUUCCCGAAUGACAUUAGCAACCGUAAAAAAUUGAUUUUAGCUGAGCCAAUUUGGGCUGCGAAAUUGGAAAAGUUUGAUGAGUUGUAUCAUAAUUUUGACAUCUAUUCCAAAGAAUUUCUAUUCAAAAUGGCAACAAUGUUAAGGAACCGUAUAAAGGCAGUAUAUUAUUUAUCAUUGGAUGAUUUUUCGAUCAUAAAAUCACCGAUAAAAUUAGUGAAGCCAAUUAAUGAACUUGUAUUCAAUGAAGAUCAUGAUUAUGGCUUAAAAUCAUUUUCAGAAAAUGACAUUGAAGUGACAAUUCUUGAAGGAAAUCAUGAAACAAUCUUAGAACAUCCAGAAUUAUCUAAUAUUAUUAAUUCUAUUUUUUAAAUCAACAAUAAUUAAGUGAGCUGAAGUGGCUCGGUGGCGGAAUGGUUUAGUACUUCGGUACCUAAUUAUUGCAAUACUGACACAGCGAUCAUGGGUUCGAGACUCGGCGGGCGAAAAUUAUCACUUGUCUUUUUUCGAAUCAUAUGUACUGGAAAUGAGGCUCACAGCCUUCCUUUGUAGGCUACAGGCAGAAAUGUCAUCAGAAGAACCACUCCUCUCUCACUGUAAACUGUAGGUCUAGGUUUGAGUGCAGUGGUUUGGCGAACCCUUUCUUGUUAAAAUAUCAUUAGCUUUGUAACGUAUACAACACGCAGCUAUGGGAUCUUUAAGGUCUGAAUGCUAAAGUUUUUUUUAAAUCAACAAUAUUGCAUUUAACUUGAAUUUUAGAAGUUUUACUCCUUUUUUAAAAAAUGUGUUCUCUGCGUUUGAAAAUGUAAUAAAUUAUUUAUUCAAAGUUUUUGUUUUGUUUAAAGAACCUUCACAAAACUAC